UUUCAUGAGAGCCAUUCGUUUGACCGGUACAGGAUUUUGAAAUAUUUUCCUUCAAGCUCAAAUAGUCCAUGAAACUAGAAAGAAAGUAGUUUCAAAAGAUGUCGGGACAGGUUUGUUCAAAUUGUGGUGGAAGUGACAUUGACAUCGAUCAAGCUCGUGGCGAUGCUGUUUGCAUGGGCUGUGGGUCGGUGCUCGAAGAUAACAUUAUUGUCUCCGAAGUUCAAUUUCAAGAAAAUAACCUUGGUGGAGCUAGUGCUAUCGGGCAAUUCGUCUCAGCUGAGGGAAACAAGGCUGGAGUUGGCUUAGGAUCCGCCUUUCGUCAUGGACUCGGCCAGGAGUCAAGAGCAGUGACGCUUGAAAAUGGAAAAAGAAGAAUAAAUGCAGUUGGCCAUCAGCUGCAAAUGAAUCAACACUGUAUUGAUACAGCUUACAACUUCUACAAACUGGCAGUUAACAAGCGUUUGACAAGAGGCAGGAGAACAAACCAUGUUGUAGCAGCAUGCCUGUACCUUGUAUGCAGAACUGAGAAAACUCCUCACAUGCUUCUUGACUUCAGUGAUGUUUUACAGAUUGAUGUUUUCACCUUGGGUAGAGCAUACCUAAAGCUGGCCCAAGAACUGUAUAUUAACUUGCCUGCGGUUGAUCCUUGCCUUUACAUCCAUCGUUUUGCACACAAGUUAGAAUUUGGUGACAAGGAGCAUGAUGUUGCUAUGACAGCAUUGAGAUUGGUAUCAAGAAUGAAGAGAGACUGGAUUCAUCAUGGGCGUCGGCCUUCUGGUCUCUGUGGAGCUGCUCUUUUAGUGGCAGCAAGAUUGCAUGGUUUUAACCGAACAGUGCGUGAAGUGGUCAAAACUGUUCGUAUAAGUGACACUACUAUAAGAAAGAGGUUGGGGGACUUUCGUGACACGCCUUCCAGUCAGCUGACCAUUGACGAGUUCCAAACAAUUGAUCUUGAGGAGGAACAGGACCCGCCUUGCUUCACACAAGCAAGGAAAAGAGCAAAACAACAACUUGAGGAGUUAAACAAACCUGAAAUUACUUCAGAGUUGGAAUCCUUUCAGAAGUCUAUUGAAAAAAUUUUGGGAAUAGAUUCAACAAGGGAAAACGUACACCCAGAUGAUUUGGAUAAGAUCUCUGAAAGAGAAGACAUUUCAAAGGAUUCUAGUGAUGGUUCUUUCUUAGUUAUUCCUUCCUACAGCACACCUGAUUUUGUAUCAAACAGUGAUAUCAAUAAAGAUAAUGAAAAAGGUGAAGUGUGUGAGGAGCUGGAUCUAACUGGCUUAGAUGAAGCUGAACUUGACAGGUGUCUUUUAAAUGAAAGUGAGAUUGAGAUAAAAACAAAACUUUGGAUGGAAGAAAACAAGGAAUAUCUACAAAAACAAAAAGAGAAGGAAGAAAAGGAGGCGCGGGAAAGAGAAGAAGGAAAUAAACAAGAACCGAAAAAGAGAAAAAAGCAAUAUAAGAAAAGAGUACCGACUGGUCCAGCCAGCACUGCAGGCGAAGCCAUUGAGAAGAUGCUGGUUGAAAAAAGAAUUUCCAGCAAAAUAAACUACGAAGUGCUCAGGGAUCUGGAGACUAGCCAAUUAAGCAUGCCCAGUACCCCGGUGACGUCAACUCCUAAACCGGUUUUACAGCUUAAACAGGAAUUUUUGACGCCGCGUGUACCCACUAGAAAAGGAGGAAGAAAGAGAGAUUCUUCCACUCCAAUUGCCUCGCCCCUGGACACUUUCAAGAAACCAAAGCUUGUUCAGCCUCAAGAAUUGGCAAAGAUGGAAGAUAAAAAAGAUGUCGUUAUUGAAAGCGGGCCAGUGGAGUAUGAAAAAACCGACGAGACCAACCCUGUGGGGGAGGAGGAGGAGGAGUUUGAUGAACUGGAAGAGGAGGACGAGGAACCAGUGAGCGCAGUUCAGUUAAUGGGACACUUAUAUGAUGCCAAUGUCGACGACGACUACGGGGACUUUGAAGAUUAUGAAUAGUGGUUUCGUCAAUUGCUGCCUCAGUACUGGAUCUCAAAGCCUUCAAUCGAGAAACAUCAAUGGAAGAAAUUACCUCUUGUUCUAUCUUCCUGACUACAAACUUUGACCGUUUGAAACCAACCAGAAGAUUUGUAGUAUGCAUUUCUGAUAUGAUUACGUCAGAUUACCUAGACGACAUGCAUCCUCGUUUCCAGAGAGGACCCUGGGAACGAGGUUGGACGACCUGCUGUUGUAAAAGAGCAGACGCGAACAGUUUGCGAAAGCAGGGCGUAUUGAGAGUGACGUCAGUGAACAAUAGUUCAUCUGCAAAGUUCGCAUUUUCGACAUGUUUAGGUGUGAAGAGCUGGGGCGAGCACAUUAGGGCUUGCCAUUGCUUGCUGGUGGAUUGUGCAUAAUUCAUCCGAUUAAGUAAGCGGCGGAGAGCAAGAAAUUC